GAACUAGCCGAAAUAGUUUUGACAUUUCAGAUGCGUGUACAAUCAUUGAUAGAAGAAAGCGUUGAGCGCGAAAUAUCCAUUAUGACAUACGAAAAAAAUCAUGUCCAACGAAAAACCGAAAUCUUUUGGUAGACCCGAUGAGAAAAAACAACCAGUUGGUAGACGGUUCCAAAGAUCUAGCGACCAGACAGGCUUAUCUUCAUCUACACCAGCGGAAAAUACAAGAGCACAAUGCAGGAGAAGGAGGGCCAACCUGCCAUCUGAUGUUUUAAGACGCCAAAGAGAGUUAUUUUUCAGACGCUUGAGAAUGAUCCGCAAUAGAAAUCUUGAUCGCUUACGGAAUCUCAGUCAACUCAACCCACGUGACGUAGCUGCCCUAAACAUGAUAUUCGAAGCUGACGAAUUCGAUGACGACGUAGAUAGUUUAAUUGGAGAUCUAAACGAAAAUCUCUUCAGUGAUCUUCAAAGGCAAUUAACUGAAAUGAAUGCACCAGAGGAGUCAGUUCAGUUUCAACUGCAAAGAAAAAGCGCGAUACAAGAUAUUGUUACUAAUAUGCUUUCUACCUGCAAGGUAUGCAAGCAUGCAACCGCCCAAGGUGACUUUUGCGAAUCUUGCUCAAAGUCCUCACCAUCACGACCUCCUCCACAAUAGGGGUGUCUUUAAAAAGAACUGUUUAAAGUUGUGUUCUGAUAAAGCCUUAUAUUGCAGAAAAGUGUUGGUAUUAUUAUUGAUAACUUAUUUUUUUAUGUGUUUGUUUCUAAACGUGUAUAAAACAAUGCAUACUAUAA